CGCCAUAUUCUGACGACUCCAUCGAUCGCAUGUGAAACUUUUCAGCUUUGUCGAAGCAAAAUCACUCGGAAACUCAAGAAUUGAUUGUAACGAACUCGAAGUGGCUUCCACUGUAUUUAAUACAGAGAAAAACGUAAAGGGAAAACAGAAACAGCGAAAGAGUGGGGAAAUUGUUUCGCGACAGAGAAAAUGGUAGAGGGCUCAUUGCGCAGUGUGGAACCGCUGGCGUAUUACGUAAACACGCUGUCUGAUUUCGAUAAGCAAGUUGUUAAGGCCCAUAAGGAUAAAGACCAAGAACGGAUCAAACAGCUAGCAUCAACUGGAAAUAUGAUGGACAUAGAUUUAUUCAUAUGUAUAAACAAGGCUUGGCAUGGCUUUGUUCUGUGCGUCCCUGCUGGCGUAGACGAAAGCGGUCUUGUCGACUGUUCUGAUGUGGUGAAAACUCCAUUCGAUGUUCCAGAUGUUGCUCUCUGUUGGGAGUUUGAAUUGUGCAUGGAAUACCAACAGCAGCGAAUGUAUAAGAUACGUAAGGAUUUUCGGCUCUUUAAAGACAUCGUCACCAGAAUUAAGAGGAGCUUUUACAUCGGCCGAUUUAAGCAGAUCACCUUGAAUGCUUUGCAGUUUGUUGCCCUCAGAGCUGCACCUCAUCGAUAUAGCGUUUUACUUGAGGACUGUGUCGAGUUCGCGAAAGAGUUCUGUGUUCAGACGCUGGCAUAUUCCUCCAAUUGGCGUGAGCUUGAGGAGCAGGUUCAUAGUAACAUCCAGAGAGCGACUGCUACUGGAUUCAGUGCCGAGAGGCUGUCGAGAAACAUCCGUAGCUCUGGUUGGCUGGGGAAUACCUUUCUUGGCGGGAUAGAUGUUAGCAGUGCGAUGUCGAACCGUUAUACAUUACCGUUACUUUUUGCUCUGGUCUUUUUCCUCUUUGUGUAUCCGAUCGCUGUUGCCGUUAUUGUAGUCAAAUUAAUCAUGUAAGAAUAUCGAUCCCGCAAAUAUAAACACAAGUCGGGGAUUUUUAAACAUUCGAUGUUCACAUUCGGUCUUAGUCAAGUUUGAUAACUUCAAGACGUGAAUUGAUGCAUUGUUUCCGUUCGGAAAUUACGGAUAGUUUUUUCCAUGAUUUUUGCUAUUUUACUUGCGUUUGAUGAUAAACAAUUACAUGAUAUAAAUCGUACCAAUGUUGCAUUCAAAAUGGACAAUUAUGACCUUGUGUACGUCAGAAAUGUUAUGUAUGUUAAUUGGGUACUUUGAGUAAUCAUACUAACCGGGCCCUUGCUGCUCAUUUGUUAUACAACGGUUCUCUAGCCGCUUAAUCUUUAUUUAGCAUAAAUAUAUGUACAAAACGCUCGUUGUAGUCUGCCCAAUAGCGAUACAAAGUUCUAUAUGUCCAUUAAAUUGUUACCAGCCCUCACGCUCGUUCGCGAAAAAAAAAAAAUAAAAACAGGCACAUGGAGACGAGGCUUGAGCGCGUCAUUUCGGCGGGAAAAAGCGUGGCAGCGUCGUUUCACAUUAUCACUGCGUAAAUAUCGAGUGGUGAAGCUAGGCAAAACGAAUUUGUAUGGAUUCUUGAGCGGUAGGUUAGCGAUUAAUUUUACUUGUUAUCGAGUUAACGACAUGAAAAAUUUUCCUCUCGUUUCUCGUACUGAGCUUGUCUUAUAGUCAACAAUUUGGAGACAUGAGAGUUCAUUUGAUGUUUGCAAACAAGAGACGCAAUUUAAGAGUGGUUUCAUUUCUCUUCUUUAAACUUCCUUAGACAGAUCAAAAUCAAAGCUUGAAUUCGCGCAUAGCAGAUGCAUAAUUUUUUUUUUUAGUAAAGAAAAAAAGCUUUCAUGGCAUGUGCUCGAAUAUUCUAGCUAUGUGCCGUUUGCCGGUCGGAAGGUUGGAAGGUUGCAAAGAAGAUACAGAUUGAUAUACCGUUGAAUACGCACAUCUGCAGUUUAAAUUCUUUUUUGUCCGCUGAAAGUUGUAAAAAUCUUGAGGAGAUUCAACAAGAAGCUCCAUCGCCAGAAUACUCAUUUGUGACCAACCGGGGUAUCGAGAAUUUGUCGCUUUGUUCUUUUAGCUUUUUGAUGGUAAAAAUUUCCUUUCCCGAAAAUAAGAUAUCCAUUACGUUUACAAGGAUUGGUGUCAGGGUAAAAGACAGUUUGGAUGUGUUUUUCCGCUGCUGAUAAGACAGGCCGGAUACGAAUAAAAAGUUUUAUGGAU